AUGAUCUUCUCAUCACCACUCCUUCCCCUCCUGGGCCUGGCCUCCGUAGCCAUCAGUGCUCCCAAUGAGCUGAACAAACGCGCGCCAACAGUGUACCUCGCAGGUGACUCCACCAUGGCGCAAGCCAAAGACAACACGCAAGGCUGGGGCGUCUACCUCCCCUACUCCCUCACCCUCCCCAUCAUCAACAAAGCCCUCGGCGGCCGCUCCGCCCGCUCCUACACCGUCGAAGGCCGCUUCCAAACCCUCAUCGACACCGUCCGCCCCAACGACAUCGUCGUCAUCGAAUUCGGCCACAACGACGGCGGCUCCCUCUCGAGCGGCGACAACGGGCGCACCGCGUGCCCGGGCGCGGGGGCCGAGACGUGCAAAUCCACCUACAACGGCCAACCCGUCACCGUGCUGACGUACCCUGCGUACCUGACCAACGCAGGUAAAGCUUUAAUAGCCAAGGGCGCAAAAGUCAUCAUUUCGAGCCCGACGCCGAAUAAUCCGUGGGAGGGGGGAAGCUUUUCCUACGCCCCGGGGAGAUUUACGACGUACUCCAAGGCGGUGGCCGAGACGCUCGGGAAGGAGAAUGCCAUGUUUGUCGAUCAUGGGUCGUAUACGGCGGAUAUCUUCAAGACGCUGGGGAAGCAGAAGGUGGAUUCCUUCUUUCCGAAUGAUCAUACGCAUACGAGUCCCGCGGGGGCGGAUGCCGUGCAGAAGGCGUUUGUGAAGGCGGUUCUGUGUCAGGGAGGUGGGUUCUUGAAUGGCUACGUGAGGAAUUCAACGGAGAGUGUUCCGGGGAGGUGUCUUUGAAGCGGCAUUAAAAGGGGGAAGGAAAGGUGAAUUGCUAGCACUCAGGGUAAGAGAGAGGGGGUUGAAGGAAGUCUGGGAUUUCUUGUUCUAUUCGACAUGAAUAUAGCAAAAGAAAAGGA